AGGCGGGAUCCGGACAAGCCGAGUGAAGACCUGGUCCUGUAGACGGGAAGGAGCCUGGACACAGUGACAUUCUCAAAGGCCCCGCAGGACCGCCAUGGCUUAUGAUGACUCCGUGAAGAAAGAAGACUGCUGUGAUGGUGACCACAUCUUUGAGGACAUAGGACUUGCAGCUGGCCGAAGCCAACGAGAAAAGAAGCGCUCUUACAAAGAUUUUUUAAGGGAAGAGGAAGAAAUCGCUGCUCAGGUCAGGAAUUCUUCAAAGAAGAAGCUAAAGGAUAGUGAACUUUACUUCUUGGGGACGGAUACGCACAAGAAGAAGAGAAAGCACUCUUCUGAUGAUUACUACUAUGGAGACAUUUCGUCUUUGGAAUCGUCACAGAAGAAAAAGAAAAAGUCCAGCCCGCAAUCUGCCGAUACAGCUAUGGACUUGUUGAAAGCUAUCACUUCCCCACUGGCAGCAGGCGCCAAGCCCUCCAAAAAGCCAGGUGAGAAAUCCUCUAGUUCUUCAAGCCACUCGGAGUCUAAAAAGGAACACCACAGGAAGAAAGUCAGUGGGAGCAGUGGGGAACUACCCGUGGAGGACGGUGGCUCCCACAAAUCCAAAAAAAUGAAACCACUCUAUGUAAACACAGAGACAUUGACCCUUCGAGAGCCUGAUGGUUUGAAGAUGAAACUUAUUCUCUCACCAAAGGAGAAGGGAAGCAGCUCAGUUGAUGAGGAAUCUUUUCAGUACCCCUCUCAACAAGCAACUGUGAAAAAAUCCUCCAAGAAAUCAGCUCGGGAUGAGCAAGGUGCUUUACUCCUAGGACAUGAGUUACAGAGCUUUCUGAAAACAGCCCGGAAGAAGCACAAGUCAUCCUCAGACCCACAUUCAUCUCCUGGCCCAGAAGGCUGUGGGUCAGACACCUCCCAAUUCCCAGAAUCCCACAGUGCUAAUCUUGAUCUUUCAGGACUUGAACCUAUCCUUGUAGAAUCAGACUCAUCCUCUGGUGGGGAGCUGGAGGCUGGAGAACUAGUGAUAGAUGAUUCUUACCGGGAAAUCAAAAAGAAAAAGAAGUCAAAGAAGAGCAAAAAGAAGAAGGACAAGGAGAAGCAUAAAGAGAAGCGGCACUCCAAGUCCAAGAGAAGUUCAGGGCUUUCUGCUGCCGCAGCGGGAGAGGUCACAAUGACUCCUGGACCCCCUCCCAGCAUCCCGUACACUGGAGCCGCUGCCACUCCCCCACCACUUGCUGGCCUCCACACAGAUGGGCAUAGUGAGAAAAAAAAGAAGAAAGAAGAGAAGGACAGAGAGAGAGAAAGGGGAGAAAAGCCAAAAAAGAAGAACAUGUCAGCCUACCAAGUGUUCUGUAAAGAGUACCGUGUCACCAUUGUGGCUGAUCAUCCAGGUAUAGACUUUGGGGAACUUAGUAAAAAACUGGCCGAAGUGUGGAAGCAAUUGCCAGAAAAGGAUAAACUGGUUUGGAAGCAGAAAGCUCAAUAUCUACAGCACAAACAGAACAAAGCAGAAGCUACAACUGUGAAAAGAAAAGCAUCCAGCUCAGAAGGUUCCAUAAAAGUAAAAGCUUCUUCUGCAGGAGUGCUGUCACCCCAAAAGAAGUCCCCACCCACCACUGUGCUGUUACCAGCCUCGCCAGCCAAAGCCCCUGAGACAGAGCCCAUUGAUGUUGCUGCUCACCUCCAGCUGUUGGGAGAGUCCCUGAGCCUCAUUGGACACCGCCUGCAGGAAACUGAGGGCAUGGUAGCUGUGUCUGGCAGUUUGUCAGUGCUGCUGGAUUCCAUUAUCUGUGCGCUUGGCCCCUUGGCCUGUCUGACCACACAACUACCCGAACUGAAUGGCUGUCCCAAACAGGUCUUGUCAAACACACUUGACAACAUUGCUUACAUCAUGCCUGGACUGUGACAGCAAAGACUCCUGGGACUGAAAACUUAGCCUACCCUGUUGCUGGUUUGUGUAUAUAUGACUGUUCUAGAUCCCAUCACUGGCCUCUGGGUGUAGGUUUUAAAUUUUUAUAUUCGUACAUAUAAAUAUAUAUAAAUAUAUAUAUAUAUAUAUACAUAAUGUACAAUAUAUAAAUAAAUCUGUAACUACUUUGCUUUUAAUAAUUUUAUGCAAUGGCAAAGGUUUAGCCAAGAGGAAACUUUGGCAUGAAUACAGGCUUGGGAUUCUUUUUUCUCCUGUGGUGGGUAAAUCUGCCUUAAAAAAAUCAAUGUCACUUCGGGGUCGGGGGCUUGUUCUGAGUGCCAAGUGCAUCUCUUUAUGGACAGCUAAAAAAUGUGAUUUUUUUUUGUUUUCCCAAACUCAGUUGUACCUCCAGACCCAUCACUGACCAUUUGCCUUAUCUGUCUUACAGUCUGAAAUGUAAGAGGAAAGAUUAUGGGAGGGUGCCAGUACAAAGCCUUCCACCUUGAGAUGACCCUGGUGGGAGAUGACAAAAUUGUUCCUACUGUAGUUACUGAGAUGGCUUAGGUAAACUGAGUCAGGGGCUCAUUCCAGUUGCUUCCGUGUAGGUGUCCAUGUCUUGAAUUUUACUAUAAUCAUUGGUACCAUUGGUAGCCUCUGUAGAGGCCAAGGAGUCAUGUGAGCCCUGGCAGCAAAAAGUAUCUUGGGGGGACCAGCAGUUAGCUUAAUGGCUAUGUCGCUGGACUCCCACGUAGUCGACCGCGGUUCGCGUCCUGGAUCCGGUGGCUUAAAACACGCCGGGCGCGUGUGCGUGCGUGCCCAAGA